AGCUAGCUAGCUAAUGUUAGCUAAUUUACUUGUAGUUACAUCAGAAUAGGGCUGGGCAAUCUUACCCCAACAUUGUCAUCAUGAUACGAAUAGGAGCGCAGCAGAUGGCCAGGGGACUGUGCCAAAUAAUGGGACGUGAAAUCUCAAAGGGACAUUUCAACGCCAACAUCAGACAACAAAUGACUUCAAGAGGGUCUCUCCAGCAUCCCUGGUCCUCUGUCAACAGUGUCCGAACCAUGGCGGUGGGUCCAGAAACACAGCCACUGAAUAUUUAGCUAGCUACAAACAGCCAUAACAGUAGUAUAGCCUACUGUCAAGGGCAUAAUGAGUGAGAACAUAUGAGUCACUAUAGCGUACUGUCAAUGUGAGUGAGACCAUGUGAGUCACUAUAGCCUACUGUCAAUGUGAGUGAGAACAUGUGAGUCACUAUAGCCUACUGUCAAUGUGAGUGAGACCAUGUGAGUCACUAUAGCCUACUGUCAAUGUGAGUGAGAACAUGUGAGUCACUAUAGCCUACUGUCAAUGUGAGUGAGAACAUGUCAGUCAUGAUUCAUACCUAAACAUUUUUCAUGGUUUAUCUUGAUCUUAACUGUUCCCUAAUCCCGAACGUAACUGCCGAUAGAAACAGUAUUUUUUCCCACAAUGUGCAUUGUGAACUGUAUUGUAUUGUAUUGUAUUACGUUCUGGAUGUUUCUGCCCUGUCAUUCUGUUCUGUUGUCAUACAGUGGGACCCCCUGUACUCAGUCAGAUAAUACUGUAAUAAAGUAUGGAUGAGAGUGUAAUAGUAGUGUUUGUCCACUAGGUGCUGCCCUGGCCUUUCUCCUCCCAGCCACGGGACUUCAGCCUGCCCAACUCGUCCUGGGGCUCUGACAUGAGGCGUGUGUAUGAGCACUAUAACAACCAGUGUAAGGUAGAGACGGAGGAGGGAGAGAAUAAGUGGGGUGUCUGGAGAAAUCUGCCCAGCUAUAACCGCUCCAUCAAGUAUGCCACAGGUACAGUAAGGAAGGGUUUCUUCCACAAAUGGUGUGUGUGUAUGUACGAAAUAAAUACGAAAAUGCAUGCACUCACUACUGCAAGUCGCUCUGGACAAGAUAAAUGACUAAAAUGUAAAGUAAACAGUGUAUGUAUGUAACCUUGUCUCUCCUAUCCUGGACGUAGUGUAUGAGUAAGAUGAUGUGUGUAACCAUGUGUCUCUCCUUCCAAGGUGGGGUGUAUCUGAGUAAGAUCAUUCAGUCGAAGGCUCGUCUGUUCACGCGGAACAUCAGGGAGCAGCGUUCGAGUACGACAUGUUUGUCAACAAGCAGGAGCAGAAGUGUGUGUGUGUGUUCCAGGCUGGCCACCUACUGGAGGGACCCCCGGGGUGAGCUGCUUGUGUGUGUGUGUUCCAGGCUGGCCACCUACUGGAGGGACCCCCGGGGUGAGCUGCUUGUGUGUGUGUGUUCCAGGCUGGCCACCUACUGGAGGGACCCCCGGGGUGAGCUGCUUGUGUGUGUGUGUUCCAGGCUGGCCACCUACUGGAGGGACCCCCGGGGUGAGCUGCUUGUGUGUGUGUGUUCCAGGCUGGCCACCUACUGGAGGGACCCCCUGGGUGAGCUGCUUGUGUGUGUGUGUGUGUUCCAGGCUGGCCACCUACUGGAGGGACCCCCGGGGUGAGCUGCUUGUGUGUGUGUGUACAUGUGUAUACUGUGACAAUGUUUGUCCUUGUGUGUGUGUAUCUCUGUAAAAAUGACACAAUCAACUGCUAGCGUUCAAACAUAAUAUUUAGUCAAAGUGUAACGUUGAUAAAUGAUGUGUGUGAUUCCAGGCACGUCCAUGGGGGGGCAAUAGCCACCAUGAUUGACACUGUAACAGGGACCCACGCCACCUACCUCUCUGGGCCUGUCAUGACUGCCAACCUCAACAUCAACUACCGCAGGUACACACACUUUCUCCCUCACUCACUCACUCGAUCACUCAUUCAUGGCUUAUUAAGCUCUAAAAAUAUGUUUUCAUGUUAUUGUGGUCAUUAUUAUAGGGUUCUAAGUUCUAAGUGAGGUUCUAGAUUUUUCCUGACCACAUUUCCUGGUUAUGACACAUACUGUAUCCCGCUUCUCCUCCCCAAAGCCCCAUCCCAUUGUGUAGUACAGUGCUGCUCACCUGCUCAUUGGAUAAGAAGGAGGGACUGAAAACCUUUGUUUCCUGUCAAGUGACCAACACGGACGGCUCCAAACUACACACAGAGGCCACAGGUACUGUCACCUCCUCCUUAUGUUUUUAGACACGUGUCAUUGGACUGUCAGUCAGUCUGAAGUGUUCUCUCAUUCUUAGUGUGUUUCUCUCUCUCCUUCUCCCCCUCUCUCUCUCUCUCUCUCUCUCCCUCUCCCCCUCUCUCUUUCUCCUCCUCCCUCCCCCUCUCUCUCUCACUCUUUCUCCUUCUCCCACUCUCUCUCUCCUUCUCCCUCUCUCAGGGCUGUUUCUGUCGAUCACAAUGGGACACCUAUUAGGAGGAUGAUGGAUAGGACAGCUCAUCGACCAACCAGACGCUACAAACACACAACAUCAGAAACAGCACUGACUGAAUGUUUGGGUGUAUAUCAGUACCUCGGUGUGUUGAGUGCGGGAGUGUGUAUGCUUGAGUGUG